AUGAAGUCUCAGCACGCCGUGGAGCUCUGCACGCUCCUCAUCGAAGAUAACUUCGGAGAGCUUUUCGCUCGCAUUUUCUCAACCUUACAACGAUACGAGCGACUCACACUACCCCGAUUGAGAUUCUACUCCGCUCUCUCAGAACGCCAACUUCGCCAUGGCCUUACUGCUAUGAUCCAGCAACACCUCGUCUUUCAUUUCACCUCGAUCGACGAUGGAAACACAUACUACGAAGCAAACCCCGAAGCGGCAUACUACCUCGUGCGCUCGGGGAAGAUCCUCCAACUGGUCGAAGAAAGGCUGGGCGAGUACGCCGCUAAAGUCAUGGAGGUGAUUAUGUUUCUUGGCCAUGCUUCUGUUCGGCAUUUGCAGAGUAUUCCCGAGCUUCAGACUGUCGGGGUUCCUGCGGCGCCUAAACCAGCAGUGCAGACGAAUGGAGUGUCACAUGGAGAAGGCGAUGAUGCGGAAAAUAACGAUGUCGAAAAUAACGACGUUGAAAAUAACGAGAUGGAGGUGGAAGAAGAAGAAGAAGCCGCGCAUGAAACCAACGGCGACGAUAUGCCCGAAGCGAGACCCGCACCCUUCCAUUCUACGCUCAAGGCUCUCGCGUCGCAUGGGUACAUUCUUCGAGUCAAGGAUGCUAUUUUUCAAAGUCCCUCGGAUAACUAUCUCGAUGCGAGACGGACUGUGUCCGCGAAAUCGGAUAUCAAAGCGUUGAAGGGCAAGAAACAGGAAGAGGCGAUUGAAAUCGCAACGGCUGAACUCGUCAAUGAGCGAUGCGACUACGAUCUCUCGGCAAAGUUCAUGUAUAAUGGACUUCCCAGAGGAGUGAAGAGGAAAUUCGCCAAUGGAUCCGGAGCAAGCAACAAACAAGCCCGGACAAACGGCGUCAAUGGCCACCACGCCGAUGACGAAGACGAAGAGGAGAACGACUGGUCUGAAGACGAGGACGGAUUCGACAAUAUUCCUAUGGAGUCCGGCCUAAUCGUCCGAGUCAACUACGAAAAACUAGACGUCGCCCUCCGAAACGUCCGCUUCGUCGACCUAGCCGAACAAGACGCCCCAGACGCAACAGUUGAAGUCUACGAAACCCUCCUCCGCCGCAUCGAAUAUGCAACCCCACGCUGCCGAACCGACGGCCGAAAGAAAGACAUCCCCCGCGAAGGCGAAGAAGGCAAAACCCACUCCAUCCCAAUCGAAGUCAUGAAAAUCGUCAACGACCUCGACCCAGACCUCGACCUAACCGGCGCAAUCGGCCCGGUCGAACCCCAAUCCUCCACCACCCUAAACACGCGCGGCAAAAGGCCGCUCGAAAACGGAGCAAACGGCACCCACGACGACGAAGACCGCAAUUCAAUCUUCACCCGCAUGACGGAAUCGCACACAACCGAGGGAAUAAAAUGGUACAUCUCCUUCCGCGACCUAGCCCGCAAACUCCGGCACCUGGAACUAGAGCGCAUGAUCGAGUCGCGCUACGGCGACGUCGCACUCCGCGUAAUCCGCGUCCUACAAGCAAAAGGCAAACUAGACGAAAAGCGCCUGCAAGAAAUCUCCCUCCUGCCCAUGAAAGACCUCCGCCAGACCCUGGCCACGAUGCAAAAGGGCGGCUUUGUCGAUCUGCAGGAAGUUCCCAAGGAUGCGCAGAGGCAGCCUUCCAAGACGAUUUUCCUCUGGUAUUAUGACACGGAUCGUCUCUGUAGUUCGAUUCUCGAGGAUACGUAUAAGGCUAUGUCACGGACUUUGCAGCGGAUUAAGACUGAGCGGGGCCGCGUGAGGGAUUUUCUGGAGAAGACGGAGCGGACGGAUGUUAAGGGGCAUGAGGAGCAUUAUCUUACUGAGGGGGAAUUGGUGGAUCUUCAGCGGUGGAGGGAUCUUGAGGCGCUUUUGUUGACUGAGGUGGCUAGGUUGGAUGAUAUGGUUGCUGUUUUUCGGGAUUAUUGA